CUGUGAUGGAUAAAGGGUCUAUUACAAUCUUCAUUUUUUGUCUUGGGAUGGCUAAUAGCUUGGAGUGCCAUAAGUGCUUAAUUAACGAAGGGAACUGCUCCCAGGCUCCAGUGGAAGUUUGCAGAACCAACCAAGAUGCCUGUUUCACAGUGAUCAAGAAGUACCAUGGAUUGAGCGCAGAUACCGCAAAGCAAGGCUGUGGAUCCUCAAAUAAUUGCCGAAGGUACCCCAUGGGCAUGGUGGGUUCCUUGUUCAGAACAAUGUGGUGUUGUUCUUCAAAUCUUUGCCAACCCAUCCAUUUGUCUGUCAAACGAGAUGGAUUGCAAAACGGGCUGGUGUGCCAAAGCUGCAUUGGGGACACAACUGAAUGCAGCCUGACGGCCCCUUUGCGGCAAUGCUACGGGAGUGCAGAUCGGUGCGUGCAAAUUUCCCAGCGUUUCCUUCCAGAAAAUUACGUUAAAAAAAAAUGUAAAUGUGACCCCUACUACAUACACUUUUGUUAUUGUUUUCCAGAAAACGGAAGCACAGCCGUGACCAUCCAGAAGGGCUGCGCCACGGAAUCCAUGUGCAGGAGAGACACAGAUAUAUAUCUUAGACUGAAGAGAGAAAAUACUCGCGCCGAAUGUUGUAAAAGGAAUCUUUGCAACAAAGCCCACAGUCCCACCAGCCCACAACUGGUGACAAUUCUUAGUUUAUGGUUGGUGUUGAAGGUCUAUCAAUAA